GAUCAGAGCGAAAUCGAUCAUUCAGGAAGCUUAAUCGAGCUCCUUGACAGGAUCAGUAAACAUGGCUCUGAGACGAGCGCUACAUUUUGUCUUUAAAGUCGGUGACCGCCCUAAAACAGCCACCUUUUACCGGGAAGUCCUCGGCAUGAAGAUUUUACGACACGAAGAGUUUGAGGAAGGCUGCAAAGCAACUUGCAACGGCCCCUAUGACGGAAAAUGGAGCAAGACAAUGGUUGGCUUUGGCCCAGAGGAUGACCACUUCGUAGCUGAGCUCACCUAUAAUUACGGGGUGGGAGAGUAUCAACUGGGCAACGACUUCUUGGGUCUUACCCUGCAGUCCAGCCAAGCAGUAAGCAAUGCCAAACGCCUUGGAUGGCCUCUGACUCAGGUGGAGGAAGCUCUUUAUUUAACCCAAGCUCCUGGAGGAUAUCCUUUCUACAUCGUGGACAAAGAACAGCCUGCACACGAUCCUGUACAGAAGGUUUCCCUUGGCGUGUCAGACCUCCAGAGAUCGACUCACUACUGGGCUAAGCUGUUGGGAAUGACAGUGAUGGACAAGAGUGAGGAGAAAAAAACGGUGCUGUUGGGAUUUUCUGACUCUCAAUGCAAACUGGAGCUUCGAGAUGUUGGAGGGAAGGUUGAUCAUGGAACAGCAUUUGGGAGAAUAGCAUUUUCAUGUCCCAGAGAUCAGCUGCCUGAUAUUGAAGCCUUGAUGAAAAAGGAAAAUGAAAAAAUCCUCACCCCCUUGGUCAGCCUUGACACCCCGGGGAAAGCCACAGUGGAAGUGGUUAUUCUAGCUGACCCUGAUGGUCAUGAAAUUUGCUUUGUUGGAGAUGAGGCCUUCAGGCAGCUCUCUGCUGUGGAUCCCAAAGGAAAUGAACUGCUUGAUAAAGCUAUGGCAGAAGAUAAAAGCGAUGAGUGGUUUGCCAAACACAAUAAACAAAAAGCUGCUGCCUGAGACAAAGAAGGCCACGGAGGAUAACUUUGGACCAUGAGAUUCUGAACAAGGCACCAUUAGAGAAAUAUGUUUCAUAACAUCAUCUCUAUUCUGCUGUAUUAUUAAGUUAGUUUUGUAAAAUAGGAAAC